GGGAUGGGAGAUAUCAUGGAUUGACCAUUUUUCUCGGGGUGUCGGAGGCUAAAGACGCACACGCCGGCCCGUGGGCGUUCGUUUCAGCACCCCAGCCCUGAAUCUGCCGUGUGGGGAAUAUUGCCCUGAUAGAUCGGGGUGGCGGAUAGAGACGGGGCGCGAGGGAUAUGGCAACAGCGUCUCGAGGCUACGAAAGUGUAUUCUUACAACAUUUGUGCUGAGGGGAUAUUGAAAGUAGCCCUAAUAGUUUACUGCAGCAUUUCACAUUCGACUGCAGUGGAAGAUACUCAGCAGCCAGUAGCGAGUAGGGCGCUCACCACUGCAAUUUCUGGGCAAAGACUGACUGGCGGCGUCUUGCAGAUACCUGCUCGUGUCCUCAGAGGAGGCAGCGUCCACGACUUUCCCUGCAUUUUUCGCUGCGCUUCGGAAGAAUGCAGUUGAGGGAUCUGUAUUAACCCAGCAGCAUUACGCCGUUUCCGGUUCCCAGCUGGUGUUUCCCGAUUGCAAAUCUAUCGGAAAAAAGCAGCGGUUCCCGAUGGCAUGGACACUUACGCAAGGUCUGCCGCGCCGCCGUGCUACUGGAGCCUAUUCGCAGUCUCUUCAGCCUUCAACCCAGCUCCGCCGCCAUCGCCCCGCAGCCCUGCCGCAACGCGACCACCGACCAUCGAGCCAAAGCUGGCGGCAUGAGGAGGCUUGAUUCGGUACACUUAUCCAUGCUGCUCAUCGGGGUCUCCUUCGCCUGCUACUCCCCGAGUCUGAAUUCCCUGCAGGACCAGGCUUACAGAUCCGCCGUGGUGAUUGAGGGCAAGGUGCAGUCCGCGCCUCAGAACGUCUCAGCGGAGCCGUACAGUGUGAAUGUCAAAGUCCUGUACGUUUGGCCGCGAAACAGCGGGGGUUUGGAGCGGGAUCAACUCGUCACCGUUGGGGAAUUUGGCUCGGAGGCUCCGUGCGCCAAAGUGAAGAAGAAUCACAAGUAUAUAUUUUUCAUGGACCCAACUGAUGAACCCUUGGUUUUUAAAGCGUCGUUUGCGCCCUUAGAUACAAGUGCGAAGAACCUGAAAAAAGAUGUUGGGAGGAUCUUAUGUGAAGACUGCGAUGCUCCUCCCUCACUGAAGCGCAUGAAAAAUCCUGUGUUGGUGGACGAAGGAAGCAGGCUGAUUUUGAGGUGUGGGGCCUCUGGCAAACCCACCCCGCAGUACAAGUGGUACAAAGAUGGCGCUGAACUGAAGAAGAGCAAAGAGAUCAAAAUUUCCAGGAACGGCAAGAAAACUUCCAAAGUUCAGAUUAGCAGUGCAAAGCUGGAGGAUUCUGGGAAUUACACGUGUGUGGCAGAGAAUAGUUGGGGAAAGGAGAAUGGCACCAGUACAGUGCACGUACAAAGCAUAACCACAACGUUAUCUCCGGGUUCGGGUCACGCCAGAAGAUGCAACGAGUCCGAGAAGGCGUACUGCGUGAAUGGCGGCGACUGUUACUACAUACAUGGUAUAAAUCGGCUAUCCUGCAAGUGUCCAAAUGACUUUACUGGUGAUCGCUGUCAAACCUACGUUAUGGCCAGUUUCUACCAGUCUCUUGGGAUUGAAUUUAUGGAGGCAGAGGAGCUCUAUCAGAAGAGAGUCCUGACAAUCACCGGCAUCUGUGUGGCUCUUUUGGUGGUGGGCAUAGUCUGCGUGGUGGCCUACUGCAAAACCAACCUCCCCCCCAGGAAACAGAGGAAGAAGAUGCACAAUCAUCUGAGGCAGAACAUUUAUGUGGAUCAUCCCAAUCGCAACCUGGCCAAUGGACCCAAUCACCCAGGCCCUGGUCCUGAGGAGAUACCCAUGGUAGAUUAUAUUUCCAAAAAUGUUCCGGCGACUGAGAGAGUCAUUGGACACAGAGCAGAGGCACCUUUUCCUGGCAGCCGGCAGUCUUCCAGAUCCCACAACUCCUCCACCCGGGCUCAUUCCUCCACUCACAGACAUGAAGGGAGAACGUGGAGUCUGGAGCGAACAGACAGCGUCCUCUCCGACUGUCCUUCCGGCAUGAUGUCGUCUUCAGUGGGGACCAGUAAAUGCAACAGUCCUGCGUGCAUGGAGGCGCGGGCCAGGCGUGCCGCACACUGUGGCUUUACUGAGCCCCACCGGCCGGCCCUGCAGUAUGGGGACUCUUUCGACUCGCUCGGGGACUCUCCGCAUAGCGACAGGUACGUGUCGGCGCUGACCACUCCGGCUCGUCUGUCUCCCGUGGACUUCCAUUACUCACUGCCCCCGCAGGUGCCUACUUUCCAGAUCACGUCUCCCAACGCCAGCCACGCCAUGUCUCUGCCCCCUGCCGCCCAUGCUCCCUACCCGCCGGAGGAGGACCAGCCACUGCUGCGGCGCUACCAGGUGCCCCUUCACGAGGCGCGGGGCCACGAGCCCUACAGGCAGCAGCAGCGUGGCAGCUACCUGCGAGACAACACCGGCAGCCUUCCCUCCAGCCCCUACCGGCUGGCUCAAGAGGAAGUGUACGAAAGCACCCAGGAGUACCUCUCCUCGAUGGAGCAACCAAAGAGAAGCAGUCGGCACUGGCACAGGUCCAGACUCAACGGCCACGUGGCACCACGCGGCUACCACCCCUCCCGGGACUUAGGCUCGCGCAGCUGCCUGUCGGACUCAGAGGAGGAGGAAGGUGAGAGCACGCCCUUCCUCAGUAUGCAGAACAUGAACGCCGCCGAGCCCGUCACCCUCUACAGGCCCGUGCCCGACACGCAGACUUCUCACGCCCAGAGCGGGCGGCACGGGCCUCGCACCAACAAACAAACCAGACUGACGCACACGCGCUCCAAACUGGACAAUGCACCUCACUAGAGAGACCGCCACCUAUCCACAAAAAAAAAAAAAAAAAAAAAAAAAACGAUCUACUAUAGACAUGCACCUAUAAGAAAUAUUUUUAUUUUCUAUAACUGACAGAUAUUAUAAACAAAUGAAAUAUUUAUUUUCAUUUUAGCAAACGUUGUCUACUAGUUAACAGCAAAGACUUUUUUUAUAGGGAAAACUCUAUUUAUAUGUACAUUUUGAUUUACAGCAUAAAAAAAAAAAAAAGAGAUGUGCCAACUUUUUCACAACUUAAAAAAUAUCGAGUAAUAUUGUGGUGCCUUUUGCUGUAUGCUGAGGGCCAGAGGGCCAGUGGAGUUUUUUGUAGCCUUUCUUAUACGGACGCCUCAUUUUUUUAUACUCGUUUACUCUUAAGUUGUCUCUUUUUGGCCUUUUUUCCUUACUUUCCUUUCCAGGUUAUGUUCUUUUGGGAGCUGACCCCCAUCUGAACUGUGACAUCCACCCCUCCCACCGUCAUGCAAUAUAAACCACUCUGACAUAAGGUGUAUGUUUACAUGAAUUUGAUCUACAGAGAUGUUUUAUGAUCAUGUUGCUUUGCCAACAGGAAAUCAAUAACAAAUGCAAUGUGGGGGGGGGGGGGGUUCAGAAAAAGAGUACAUGAGUGCGCGAGUGAGAACGACCAAACGCGAGAGGCCUCAAAAUGACUGUGGCUCUGAGAAAUAUGCUGCUGUUGUUUAGAGUUCCGCAUGCGGGCACUUGAUGUCAUCUUACAGAUGCACCGCCUUGACUUGCUUUGCAUCCUUACAGGGUAAAGAUGCGGUCACGUUUACCAUUGUUCGGGCUAAAAUUUGUGCCCCCAAAAUUUCGCUUAAUGUGACCGCACCUUAAGGUUUGUCACACAGAAGCCUUCUUUUUCCAAAGGGGAUUGUGGGAUAAAUGUGAGGGGGGCCGUGGGCCGUGCUGUCAGUGCUAAUAGCUUUUGACAGAUAAGAAAGCGUAAUAGUCUCUCCCACUCAGCCCACUUUCCCGCCACUCAGUCAAAUCGGCCUCAUUAUCAGCAAAUCCAUCCGGUUAGAGCGGCCAGUGGAGAGAUAGAUGGGAGGAAUGGAAGGCCUCACAGCGUCUCAGGACUUCAUUCCACUGUACAUCUUCCUCUAGUGCAGGACUGAAGAGAGACUGACACCAGGCUGAUAGAUGUGUCCGCUCUACCAAAUGGUCCUGGUACUUUGGGACAGGGAGAGUAACGGGACUGUUCACACAGGACAUGUUCUUACACAGUUUUUUUAUCGUUGCUUUCGUUUGUUGUAUUCCAUUCCAAUUUUUACAUACACACAUACAGUAUAUAUUAUAUAUAAUAUUAUGAUGCUUUUAUUAUUAUUCUAUUAUAAAAAUUGUGCACGUGCACUUUUUUUCCUUUUUUGUGUGCCAUGAAUAUCACGUUUUCGCAAGUUCAACUCUGACAUGCAGCGGAGUGGAUGGGUGUCAGUGAAAACUAAAGAAAAUAAUAGACCGAUUAAAUUAAUAUGAUGGUGUGAUACUCAUGUUUAUAUUUUACAGCAAUUUAUGAGUUGGGUUACUCUUUUUGGUUCUGUGCAUUGUUUAGCUUUGUUUUUAAUGUUCAGAUGUGUCCUGUGUGAACAGCCCUAAAAAGUUUCAUCGCACACAAACACAGUCUCAAACGACAAGACAAAUAGCUGUGAAAAUGAUUAGGGGUCAUUAAAAUACCAAAAUAUGCAAACUUUAUAUUCUGCUUGUGUUCCAAUGCAUUUCACUUUUUUGUGUGUGUGUGUAAAUUUCCUGUUGAUGUUUAACUUUCUCAAUGUUUUUCAUUAUGUCCACAUAUUUCAGAAUUAUUUAAUAUAUUCACAGUUAAUCUAAGACACUAAAUAGUGCAGGUCAUUAUUAUUAUUAUUAUUGUAUAUCAAAUGCUAUAUCGUCAGUUUAUAAUUUUUUUUUUUUUUACAUGUAUAUGUGACUCCAUGUCCAUUUUGAAGCACUCACUGGGCCCAAACCAAACCAGAAGCAGCUGCACUGACUGAUUCUGUUUGGAGUUAGAACCAGUCAGUAUGGAGCAGCGUGAGAUGAAGUGUACUAAAAUCAGCUGUUUUUAACUCUUCACCUUCUUAGAGCAUCCACAGUCAGCAUCAGCUUGCCUUCUUGUUAAAGAUGUCAAGAAUAAUAUGUUGAGAGAGGUGAAGUCCAUUGGUUUUGGCACAGAAAACCAACACUAAAAGAAAUGGAGGAAGAUUAGAACUAAACAGAUACGUGAUAAAUGUGUUCAUGCACUUCUUCCAUAAGAAAAAGAGAUGAAUCAUGAUUAUUUUGUGAUUUUAUCCUAAUAAAAUGGGUUUCAUGCUGUGUUAUGACAGCACAAUGAAAUAUCAGUUUUUAUUUUAAAUGAAGAGAUGUUUUGUUUGAAGUCUGAGCAAAAGUUAUUUGGAUCCCCUACCUUGCUUCCUUACAUUUUGGGUCUUAUUUGUAUGUUUGAGAAAUGCCCAAAAGACAAUGCUCUAGUUAGUUUAAAUGUGAUAUUGCUACUAAACGGUUAUGUCCUGCCAGUUUAUUUCUACCUUUCAUUUCCCCCCGGAUUGAAACGUCUCAACACCUCACCUCUGCAUGUCCUUGUGGUCAAGGUUAGAUGGGUGCAUGGUACAAGCAGCAGAUGAUUUCUUUUUAUUUUUUUUCAAGUCAGUGGAAGUGUAUUUUUAUUUUUUUACAUUCAGCAAUAAAAAAGGAAUAUAUCCCCCC